AUUUACCGCUGAAUUUGCCAAAUAAUAAUGGCAUCUCAAUCUGAUAACCCUCCUAAUCCACCUAAUUCAUCUAAUUCAUCCCAACCUUCUCCCCAACCAAAAUCUUUAGAAGGUGAUUUGAGAAAAUUAUUAUAUGACGAAAGAUUUUAUGAUAUUUCUUUAAAAUGUUCGGAUAACAUUGUAUUAAAUGCUUGCAAAAAUAUUUUGGCAAGCCGUACUGAAGUAUUUAAUGAAUAUAUCUUUGAUAAAUCAAAAAAAAACAAUGCAAAUCAACAACGACAACAAUUAGAGUUUGAUAAAGUUAACUCAAUAGCGAUGAAACUUAUUUUAGAAUAUUUAUAUACUUCAAAGAAUGAGAAAGAAACUUUAAGUGUUUCUAAUGUUAUAGAAGUUUAUUAUGCUGCAAUUUUUUUCAAAUUAGAUGACCUACAGAAUGAUAUAAUUGAAUAUACUAUGAAAAUUUUAAGAGAAGGUGAUAAAACAGAUGAAACAAUAACUUAUGGGACCGAAGAAUUGAACGAAUUGGCAAAAAAACUUUUAUCAGAAUUUAUCGAAAAAUUUUCAUUAGAUGUGAAUAAUGACAUGAGUAAAUUAUUAGUUGAUUGGGUAGCUAAAAUACAGCUUUUCCCUGAUAAUGCUGAUGGUGAUUCAUUAUCAUUAAUGGGACUUCAACAUCUUCUAAAUAAGACGUUUGAAACCAAAGAUCAAUUCGCUACUUAUGAACUUACUCUUUUCGAAUAUACUCUAGUCAAAACUAAACAUAUUAUAUUAGAAGAGAAGACUGGCUCAAAAAAGCCUUAUGAUAUGAAUUACGAUUCAAAUGUGAUCGAAAGAAUUAAGGAUCGUUUAAUGCCAUUACUUCCAUUUAUUGACUUACGCAUAAUAGAUCCUGAUGAUGUUGUAUUAAAACUCGAACCUUUAAAAUUAUUUCCACAAGAAAUGAUUACAAAUGCUUAUCGUUAUAGGAUAGAAAAAAAGCACGAACUGCUUCAACCUAUACGCGGUCGGAUAACUUUUAGAUGGAAAUACGAAUUCGAAGGUAAAGAAUCUAAGGAAUCCAAAAACCCACCUCCGCCCCCAAUUAUAACCAACAACGGAUUUACCGUAGAAGUUGAUUCAAAUAUUAAAAAUUACCAAUCUAUAAUGGGAGAUUUAGUUAUCAAAGGUAACGGAAUUCAUAAGUGGGACAUUUCAGUUGAAAAUUUAAAUGAUACUAUUUAUAUUGGAAUAUGUGGUAAAGAUGAGAAAUUUGAUAAACCUGGGGAUAAAACUUAUCAAUAUGGAUGGGCACUCGGUUCGGAUGGCUAUGUUUAUAAUAAGAGAGAUUGGAAAUGGAAUAACGCCAAAUUUACAGUAGGCGAUGUGGUUAAUAUUACCGUAGACAUGACCGCUAAACAUUGCUAUUUUAGUAUAAAUAAUCAAACUUUUUACGAAGUUAUUGGUCAUGCUUUUCCUGAUGAAUUAUAUCCUUUUGUUUCAUUAAACAAGGGUGGUAAAUUACAUAUAAAAUAAUUAUCAUUUCUCCUUACCAAAUUAGAGAUUUUUCUUUUAUUUUAACAAAUAUGUAUUUGAUUAUAUCUUUUAAAUAAAUAACGAUAAUAUUUAAACCUUCC